CUUGCGGGACGAUUAUGGGUAAAGGAGGAGGAUUCAAACCCAGGUGCCCAGAGGUUAACCCUGGGUCUCUGGAAUACUAGUCCAGCGAUAAUACCUCUAUGCCACCACCUCCCCUGCAGCCAGGGGCAACAGUUUCUCAGUCUUCUUCCAAACACCAGAGAAAACAAGCUCAUUCUACUCAAUCUGUCACCGUCAGACAACCCUCUCAAGCCAAAAAGCGAUCUAUUGAGCUCUCCUUGCCCUCCCUCCAAGUGCCACUUGUCAAGCGGAAACUGCUGGAUUUGAAGGUAGCAGAGGUUCCUAUCUGGACUAUACAUCGACUCCUAUCUCCAAAAUCUAUCUUUCAUGCUAUCUGCAGAAGUAAGUGUGAUUCAGGCCAUGAUGCAUAUUACAAGAAGUAUAUCGAUGUGAAGAAGGGCGGCAUUGGUGGCAUUUCAAUGUUCCUGAUGGGCUAUGUUAUCCUCAGCUACAUUUGGAGUUUUGACCACAUUAGCCAGCACUCCAGAAUUGUCAUCCCCUCCCGGCUGGAUCAUCCGUCAAUGUCGGCAGGAAAACAUGCUGACGUGUUUCACAGCAGUACAUAAAAGGCGUGCACUUGGCGGGCUGCACCUUGAGGGAACUUGGAGAGCAAGAUCGCUGGAGGAAGUACCACUAAGUGGUCUGCUAAUACAUCACAGCUCAAAAUCACGAUAGAAGGUGACGUAAUCUCUCAGCUGGACCAGUGAAUUGCAACUGUUUGUUGAAUGUUUAUAUUGUUUUUGUGUUUUUUACACCAGUUGAUAACAAGUAAAACCCAUUGCUAAUUGCCUUUUCCUUUUGCCCUGUUGUCCUGUAAUGAAGUAUGAAUCAUCAAAACCCCAGUUAUUUGUUUUAAGAAUUAAAUGUGUUGCUGGAUUUGGCUUCUUUAGAGGUUUAAUUAUUAAAGGAAUAUAAAACACU